AGGCCAUUAUGGUCCUUAUGGAUGGGUCAAGUUAAACAAAAAACUGGUUGGUAAAGCCCAAAUCCUCAUCUUCUUCUUCUUGAAGCAACUACCUACUGUCUUCUUCUUGAUCAAUAAGAAACCCCAAACAAACAAAACAAAUAUAUAUAAGUCAGAAAGAAAGGAAUCGAUGAACACGUCACAGUACAUGGAUAAACAAAUCAUGGAUCUGUCGUCAUCAUCAAGUCCGUCAAACAAAAUCAACGAUUUCAUGGAUCUUAACUUCGCUCAAACUGAUGACGUCAUCGGAGAUAUUGAUCAUAAUAAUAAUAAUAAUAAGAAAGAUGAGAUCUUACCGAAUUAUGAUUUCCAUCCAAUUCGUCCGUCUUCUCAACAACAUCUCAACACCACCUUGGAUAACAACGCCACCCUUGGUGGUGGUGGACCACCUAGGGUUUGGUCUUCAGCUGAAUCUAAACCCAAUUUUGCUUCCUCUCUUCGAAACUAUGGCUCUCUUGAUACUGUUGAAACCUCAAAGGUUGUUGUGGAGAAGGACCGUAGUGUCCUUGAUGCAGCUCUGAUAUCAGAGAUUGACAGAACAAUGAAAAAACAUAUUGAUAAUCUGAUGCAUGCUUUGGAAAGUGUCAGUGCUAGACUCUCUCAGCUGGAGAGCAGAUCUCGAAACCUUGAGAACUCAGUGGAUGAUUUGAGAACCUCUGUUGGCAACAAUCAUGGAAAUACGGAUGGGAAAUUAAGGCAGAUCGAGAACAUGAUUAGAGAGGUACAAAGUGGUGUAAAUGUUGUGAAGGAUAAGCAAGAGAUACUCGAGGCUCAGCUGCAGCUCUCCCAGGUAAAACUUUCUAAGCCUGAGCAGCAACCGGAAUCUUUGCAGCAACAGCAGCAGCAGCCACCAGCAUCUGCUUCUGCGCAAUCUAACCAGCAGCUUCCUCCUGCCGCUCUUGCUCAGCCAUUGCCACCUAGUCUCCCUAACGUUCCACCACCUCCUGUCCACCAUCAAAACCAGUUUCCCCAGAACAUUAUGCCCAUGUCCAUGCCCCUCUCCCAACAUGAUUCGUACUACCCGCCACCUGGCCAAACUGCAGAAGUACCGCCUCAACAGUAUCAGCUUCAGCCACCACCCAAGGCAUCACCACCAUCACCACAGCCACAAUAUCAACCACCCAAUCAUAUGCAGUAUUCCCAGCCACCUCCCAUGUCUCUGCAGCAUCCUAAUCCUACUCAAAGCCAACCUUCAUUGAGCCACCAUUCUGAAGAACUGGCAUAUUCAUCGUCUCAAAGUUAUCCACCAAAUGUCCGGCAACCAUCGGGCGGUCCUCCACAGCAGUUCCAGGGGAACCCGUCUCAAAUGUACGAGUCACCAGCUGGCAGGACUGGCCAAGGGUUUCCCGCCCAGUAUGGCCCAUCUGCUGGGUUUAACGAACCUUACAAUUAUGGGGGUUCGCAGUAUGGAGGUGGGUCACCUGUGAAAUCUCAGCAACAUUCUCCACGUAAUAUGGGCCCUGGUGGUGGAAGUGGUUACCCGCAACUCCCGACCGCUAGGAUAUUACCUCAAGCCCUUCCUACUGCAGCAGCUGCUACUGGUGGCAGCGGUGGUUCUAGUUCUGGUUCUGGGAAUAGAGUUCCUAUUGAUGAUGUGGUUGAUAAGGUGACCCAUAUGGGGUUCCCAAGAGACCAGGUAAGGGCAACAGUGAGGAAGUUGACCGAGAAUGGUCAGGCAGUUGACUUGAAUGUAGUGUUGGACAAGUUAAUGACCGAUGGGGUAGAGAGCCAAAACCCCAGAGCUUGGUUUGGUCGUUAAGACUUUAACCUGGUCUCUUGUUUUUUCGUUUAUUUUGAUGCUUUUCUUUUGUGAUUAUGUAUAUAAAAAUUUGAACCACCCGGCAUAUGGAUGUUAUAUGGUUUGAUUUCUGACUUGUUAAAUUGCUGGAUUAUAAAGUCCUUCCCUCUUA